GGCCGAAUUCCCACUAAGCGCGACACGUAAUGCGCGACAUGUAACAUGCUCAGUGAAAAUUCGGCCUAAGACUGUAUUGCGCGUAUGUAUUUAGCAAACGCGCAUGCUUAAAAAGCACCUUCGAGAAGCUUUGAGAAGGUAUCAUGGCGGUAUAUGCUGGCAAGUAUUAACGUGUGAGCACGUGUAAGAAUAAAAAUUUCUUUUAUGGUGCGAAUGUAUGUGAAUAAAGCACUAAAAGUUGUAUAUUUUUGUAUACUGAAAAUUGUGUAUUAUAUGGGAAGGCAAUUGAGAUAUUCAAGCAUCUGGAAUUACUCGGCACAAUAGUGAAAUUUCUACGGAUUGUUUAAGCGUUACGUUGUUUAUCACAUCUGAAACGCUAUAUAACUUUAAGGACAAAUUUUCUUUGAUGCAAGUUGUGGCAACUGAAAAUUGUAUUUCAAGCAAUUGAGAUAUUCACAGGAAUUGCUCCUGAAAUUAUUAUCAGCACAAUAGUGAAAUUCCUGCGGAUUAUUUAAGCGUUAUGCAGUUGAUAUGCAUAACAUCUGAAACAUUAACUUUUAAGAGCUUUUUUUGAUGCGAGUCGUGGCAACUGUAUAUACAUACUGAAAACUAUAUUACAAACAAUUGAGAUAUUCACUGGAAUUGCUCCUGAAAUUAUUAUCAGCACAAUAGUGAAAUUCCUGUGGAUUAUUUAAACGUUAGUUGAUAUGCAUAACAUCUGAAACAUUAACUUUUAAAAGCUUUUUUUGAUGCGAGUCGUGGCAACUGUAUAUACAUACUGAAAACUAUAUUACAAGCAAUUGAGAUAUUCACUGGAAUUGGUCCUGGAAUUAUUAUCAACACAAUAGUGAUAUGCAAACAUGUCACGGGGGGAAAAAUUUAUAUGCAAACGUGCAAUUAGUUCUUCACAUAGAAUGAAAUUAGCGAAGUUGGAAACAAAAGUUUUAAUGGAAUCCUUUGAUAAACCAUCAAUGUCCAAUUCAACAUGGUCUUGCAAAAAUGACUUACAAAAUGAAAAUGAAUUACAAAACAAAAAUGAAUUGCAAAGUGAAAAUGAAUUACUACAUGAAAAUGAAUCACAAAACGAAAAUGAAUUUCAAAAUGAAAAUUUCACAUCUGAUAAUGAUACAAGUGAAUCUGAGAUAUCUGAUCAUAAUAUUAGAAUUUUGCAAGAUUUUACAAACAAUUUUACAGAAAGUAAUGAUUCGAAUAAUGAAUCAGAUCAAAAUAUUGAUUUUAAGAAAUUUUUAGCUAAUUGGACAGUUACAGAAUGUAUUUCACAUUCAUCAUUACGCUUAUUAUUAAAAGGUAUAAAACAGUAUGCAUGUCAAAAUUGUAGUUUUGAUAUUCCAUCUGAUCCAAGAAGUCUUGUAAAUACUCCUCGCAAUACUGAUACAGAUGUUUGUGGUAAUGGAUAUUAUUAUCAUUUUGGUUUGACAAAAUCAAUAUUAAAUGCCAUAUCAUCGAUUUCAAGAAAUAUCACUAAUAUUAAAAUAUCUAUAAAUAUUGAUGGAUUACCAUUAUCAAAGUCGUCACAACGCCAAUUUUGGCCAAUUUUGGGAUUCAUAGCUGAUUUUAAAAAAGUUUUUGUUAUCGGUAUUUAUUAUGGUACAGAAAAACCAACCGAUUCAAAUGAAUUUCUUCAAAAAUUCGUGAAUGAAGCUAAACUAUUAUGUAAAGAAGGAAUAAUUAUUAAUAACAAAAAUAUUCCUUGUAUAAUAGAUUCAAUAAUAUGUGAUGCGCCAGCAAAAGCAUUUAUACUGAAAAUAAAAGGACAUAAUGGUUAUUUCAGUUGCACUAAAUGCAUUACUGAAGGCAGUUACAUUAAUGGCAAAAUGUGUUUUCCUGAAAUUAAUGCACAGUUACGAACAGACAUAGAUUUUCGUUUAAGAAAAGAUGAAAAUUUUCAUGUUGGAUAUUCAAUUCUCUCAGAAAUUCCAAAUUUGGAUCUUGUACAUAAUAUACCUUUAGAUUACAUGCACCUUAUUUGUUUAGGAGUUACGCGAAAAUUAUUGUAUAUCUGGUUAUUUGGAGAACUUACAGUUCGUUUACGAAACAGAAAAGUUAAAGCAAUCUCAUGGCAGCUAGAAAAUGUAUUAAAAUUAUAUAUGCCAUGCGAAUUUGCACGUAAGCCAAGAUCACUUACUUUAGUAAAACUAUGGAAGGCUACAGAAUUUCGAAAUUUAUUAUUAUACACUGGUCCUAUAGCUUUGAAACCUUCUCUUCGAAAGGAUUUGUAUGACCAUUUUCUAGUGUUACAUGUAGCAAUUAGAAUAUUAUGUUCCUCAAAGUUACGAGAUUUUAUUGAUUAUGCUCACGAUCUUCUUAAACAUUUUGUAUCAUCAUUCAAGUUAUUAUAUGGUGUACAUAAUAUUUCCCAUAAUAUACAUGGACUAAUUCAUAUUGUAGAAGAUGCAAAAAAAUUUGGCACAUUAGAUUAUUUUAGUGCUUUUAAAUAUGAGAAUUACUUACAAACAUUUAAAAAAUUAUUGAAAAAGCAUGAUAAACCACUAGAACAAAUAGUUCGCAGAUACACUGAAUAUGAACAAAAUAAGAUCAAAGAGAACAAAGCAGAAGAAUGUGAAAUAACGUGUACUCAUUUUUUAGUAGACCUCAAAUCUACUCAUACAAAAGGUCCUUUAAUAGAAGGUUGUUAUAAUCCACAAUAUCGAAUAAUGAGAUGCUUAAAUACAACAAUACGUAUCGAUACUUUGGCAGAUAACUGUUGCCGCUUAAAAAAUGGAAACAUUAUUGAAGUGAAAAAUAUUGCUUACUGUAAAGAGCUUAAUACAAACGUUGUAAUAGGAAACGAAUUUUGUCAUAAAGAAGAUUUAUAUAAUAUUCCUUGCCAUUCGUCUUUUAUAGGAAUAUUUAUUAUAGAAAACUUAUCAGAAUUAAAGAUGUGGCCGGUAGAAGAUGUUGAAACAAAAUAUGUUAAGCUACCAUUAAUAAAAGAUAAUAAAUUUGCAGCUUUUCCAUUGUUGCAUUAAUUUUAAACAUAUUUCAAGAUAGAGAAAAAU